AGUUUGCAAUAAAUUUCCCCGAUCCUGAUUCAACCCCCACCGACUGUUCAGAAGCACCGAGGAACGGCUAAUAAUAAUAAUAAUAUAUUAUUACUUUGCUUCUCUCGGUACUCGAAAGUCGAUCUCAACCCAAGAAAGAAAAGAUUCACUUUUUGCUUUUUGCCAUAGACACUCUUCCCUUCUUUUCUCAAACUCCUCGCAAUCAUCUUUGCUGCGUCGGACUGAGCUUGAUCCCAGCUUUGCUCAGCAGGAACCCACAAAAGAAAGGAAGGAAGGAAGGAAGGAAGGAAGGGAGGAAGGGAACUAUACAGCGAGCUCAACGCUCAGGAGUCCGUCCAGCCUGAGGGAAGCCUCCCCCGUGUGAAGAAUUAAAGAGGGAUGGGAGAGACUGCGAAUCACAACCACGACCACAACCAUGGGCCUCCGCCUCAGCAGUCGGGGCCGCCGCAGCAACAGCGGCCGCCGCCGCCGAACCUCGGUCUUUCCAGAGGUCCCGCUUGGCCUCCGAACGAACAGCUCCAGCAUCUCGACUACUGCAUCCACUCUAACCCCAGAUGGUAUCAAGCAAUUGUAUUAGCAUUUCAGCACUAUAUUGUGAUGCUUGGAACUAUUGUCAUGAUUGCCAGCAAUCUUGUGCCUCAAAUGGGUGGGAACCAUGGUGACAAGGCGCGGGUGAUUCAGUCACUGCUUUUUAUGUCGGGAAUCAACACUCUGCUUCAGACCCUUAUCGGGACAAGGCUACCUACUGUCAUGGGAGCAUCACUUGCUUUUUAUCUGCCGGUGUUAUCGAUUAUAAAUGACACUUUGGACAAAACCUUCAAUUCAGAUCAUGAUAGGUUUCUCUACACGAUGAGGACCAUUCAGGGGUCUCUUAUUGUUUCUUCAUUUGUGAACAUUAUCCUUGGGUACAGCAGGGCAUGGGGAAAAUUCACCAAGUACUUUAGUCCAAUUAUAAUUGCAGCAGUGGUUCCUGUGGUGAGUCUUGGUUUGUUCAUGAGGGGCUUUCCAAUGCUGGCUAACUGUGUCCAGAUUGGCCUGCCAAUGCUAAUUCUUCUCAUCUUAUCUCAACAGUAUCUGAAGCGACUCCUGCCUGAGCACCAUCGUCAUGUGCCGGAGAGAUAUGCUUUGCUCUUCUGCAUUGGUAUAAUAUGGGCAUUUGCUGCAAUCCUUACCGUGUCUGGAGCUUACAACAAUGUCAAAGAGCAGACGAAAACAAGUUGCCGCAUUGAUCGCUCCUAUCUUUUGUCAUCUGCUCCUUGGAUUAAGGUUCCAUACCCAUUUCAGUGGGGUACUCCCAUAUUUAGAGCAAGCCAUGUCUUUGGGAUGAUGGGUGCAGCACUUGUUUCUUCUGCGGAGUCAACAGGUGCAUUUUUCGCAGCAGCCCGAUUUGCUGGUGCGACACCUCCGCCAGCACAUGUGCUCAGCCGGAGUAUUGGUCUACAUGGUAUUGGGAUGCUGAUUGAAGGGAUAUUUGGUUCUGUUGUGGGUACAACUGCAUCAGUAGAAAAUAUUGGUCUCCUUGGAGUGACUCGCAUAGGGAGCAGAAGAAUGGUGCAGAUAUCAACUGCUUUCAUGAUCUUUUUCUCCAUAUUUGGGAAAUUCGGUGCCUUUUUUGCAUCUAUUCCUCUACCAAUAUUUGGCGCCAUAUAUUGUGUUGUAUUAGGCAUUGUUGUUGCCGUAGGGAUCUCAUUCACACAGUUUACAAAUACUAACUCUAUGCGAAACCAGUAUGUUUUGGGCAUCACGCUCUUCCUUGGGAUAUCAAUAGCUGAGUAUUUUGUCCUGAACACCUCUCCAAGUGGUGAUGGACCUGUUAAAACUCCAGGUCGAUGGUUCAACGACAUUUUGAAUACCAUCUUCUCUUCGGCUCCGACUGUGGCAAUUAUAGUCGGGGUGCUGUUGGACAACACACUCGAGGCGAAGCACACGGCAACCGAGAGAGGAAAACCUUGGUGGGCACCCUUCCAGCACAGGAAAGGGGACGUCCGGAACGAGGAGUUCUACAGCUUCCCUGGCAGGAUGCACGAGUUGAUUCCCAGCAGGUUUCUGUGAGGGUGCUUCAGUUUCCUUGUACAUUAUAUGCAUAGAGUCACUAGAAUGUUGUGCUUGUAACACUCUUUGUCGAACGAUGCAAUGACUCGUGGGCUAGUUUAGUUUAAGCUGGACGUUUUCUUCUCUAAAAGUUACAACAGCAAACCCAACGGGGCGAACGGAGAAGGGUGUCGUCUUUUCAUACUGAUCGGAGAAAGAUCGAGAAUGUUUGUCGAUUUGGAAUAUGGAUAAAGUUAUGUUUUUAUGCUUUUAACAAAUAUGGCAUGCAGUGCAUGCGUAUAUCGCAA